CGUCCCGUUUCCGGGUUCCUGAGCAGGGACCGAUAAAACGGUGUCAACGGGGAGUAUGGCUUUGCUCGCCGCUCAGGAGUGCGGGUAAAGUUUUCCAUAGCUUCCUAAAAGCUCAAAAAAGUGAUUUUUUACACCGUCUGUAGUUUGUUUUACCAUGUGAGUAAAGCCCUGUUAUUUCUCACAGUUUACAGACAGCCGGGCUGCAGUGACACUGACAGCUGGAGAGUAAACAGCCCGAUGCUAACUAGCUAACAGCAGCUAGCUCCAGUAUAGCGUUAGCCCGCUAAGUGAAUGUUUUGAUCCUCUGCAGUAACCCUCACAUCAUAGUGUUUGUCAAAGAGCUCAGACGAAGGAUUGCCACAACAGCACUUUCCAUUCAUGUUGUUUAGGAGGACGAGACCAUCAAACCUCUUCUUUUCAGGGACUUAUUGUGUGUUGUCCUAGCUGAGAGAGUGAAGACACCGGUGCUAACCCCCCCACCCCCACCCCCACACAGAGGUGCCAACAGAGGGACAGGAUGCCUAUUCCUCCCCCUCCCCCUCCUCCCCCUGGACCUCCACCCCCCCCAACCUUCAAUCAGGCAAACACUACACCUCCCAAACUGAGCUCCUCCAAUGCUAAAGGCAGAGGAGCCCUGCUGUCUGACAUCUGCAAGGGCGCCAGACUAAAGAAGGUUGGCGUGGUCAAUGACCGGAGCGCGCCCAUUAUAGAGAAUUCGGGAGGAGGUGGUGGAGGCAGCGGUGGAGGAGGAGGAUUUGGAGGUGGAGGUGGAGGGCCAAUGGGGAUGGGAGGCCUUUUCCAAGGAGGUGUGCCAAAAUUACGCCCCAUCGGAGAUGGUUCGGCUGGUGGUUCUGUGGGCAGAUCCGCCCUGAGGCCCCCGGGAUCCAGGUCCGCAGCCCCUCGCCCCCCCACAGGCCGCUCAAGCUCACCUUCCCCACAAAAUAAGCCCUCUCCCCCAGAGCACCAGCGCUCCCACCGCCCCUCACUUCCUGACAUCUCACGUCCCUCCAGCAGCAGCAGCAGCUCUUCCACUGGCAGCGGGAUGAAGCACAGCACCUCUGCCCCCCCUCCUCCUCCACCCUUCAACAGAGGGGGCCGCAGCAACGCUCCCCCUAUGCCAAACCAAAAGGCAUCUGCUCAACACUCCUCCUCUGCUCACAGCAGAGAGAAGCCCCUCCCACCAACUCCAAACAGAGGCCCCAACCCUUCAAGCUCUGUAAAGCCUCCUCUGUCUUCCAGCAGACCGCCAACAGGUGGAUCCUCAGCUCCUCCACCUCCUCCUCCGUACAGGCCUCACACAUCAGGCGGCGUCUCCAACGGGCCAUCACAGGUUGAUGGGGGCGGAGCUCCAGAGCUACCACAGAGGCACAACUCCCUGCACAAAAAACACACAUCAGGUGGCAGCAUAGGACGCAGUCACGCUCCUCCACCUCCUCUGUCAUCGUCUCCAUCUUCUCAACAGGGCGUCAGACCACCACCACCUGCCAGAGAGCCACCUGGACGCAGAUCAGCUCCUCAGGUUCCCCAACCUGGGUCUCGUAAUAGCGGCCGGGACGCCCCUCCUCCCCCACCUCCUUACCGCGUCAACAGCUCUGGGACCUCAGAGCCCCACAGCCGAGUGGGCAAACCUCCUCCACCUCCUUCCUCUUCCUCCUCCUUGUCAUCAACCUCCUCCAGAACCCCGGCUGGACCCCCUCCGCCUCCCCCACCCAUCAGGAAUGGCCACUCCACUCCACUCCACUCUUCCAAAUUCAUCAUAGAUGAUUUUGAAUCCAAGUUCAACUUCCACCCGAUUGAAGACCUUCCACCUCCCGAGGAGUACAGGCAUUUCAACAAGAUCUACCCCAGUAAGACCAACAAGGCCAUGGUGAGAGGAGCUCCUCCUGCUCCUCCUGUGGGGAGGUGAACUGACCUCAGUUUAGGACUUAAACUCUCAGUCAGCCGACAAGAUGGAUGGUCUGUCAGUCGUUCGGUCUGUUGGGGAUGACGGAGCACUCAAACACACUACAACACACACUCACACAUUAACACUAAACCACCAGCUGGAAUGCAACCUUAAACACUAUGACACCAUUCAGGUUCGACACUACUCAGUGACCACAUUCUGUCUUUGCACGAGUGAACAGAAAAACUAAAACAUUUAGGAGGCAUGAAACUGAAUCAACCUCUCUGACCACAACCGGCUCGGCUUCUCCUCUGCUGACUGGACGAAGAACUUCUGAUACAUAUCAGGACCAAACACUAAAUCUGUGCAUUCCAUUGUUUUUGUUUUUAAUGCAUUUUCAUGAUAGAAGUAAUAAUGGUGAUUUUCAUAAUUCUGAGCAACAUCUUUAACUUGAUUUGAUUUUAUUAUUUUUGGUGUUGGCAUUAGUUUGUGGAGGGAAAGUGGAACACUCUGGAUGGAAAUGGUUGAACUUUUAUUUCGGCAGAUACGUUUCCCACACAAAAAGAUGAUGCCAUGAAUGUGGGGCUUAUUGACGGUUCUUUUUUGGAAGGGUAAUUUUGUUAGUUUUUGUCUUAAUUAGCCAUUCCAGCAGUGCCUGGUGAAGGUGUGUUUCAAUCAAAUGUCUGUGUCAGUGUGCCAAAAGCCAGAGGAUUCAAUUGAGCAGCACAGAGUGAGGAAAGUUUCUAUACAUUGCUCUAUAUAUUUAUAAUCAGCAUGUUUUAAAUUCUUUGUGAUCAAGCAUUGCUUGACAGAAACCUGGUCCUUUAUUUUUACAUUUAGAGGGGGAAUAUUUUCUGCUUGUUCAUUUUUGUUUCCCUACAUUCCUAUAUUUGAUAGGGGGCAUUUUGCCAUCCUUAGACAAUGUUGCACGGCAGCUCCUCUGUUAAACCGAGACACUGUGCAUGAUCCUUUUUAAUGCACUUAUAGUAAAAGAGAACCUAAAAGGUUUAAAAAAAAAAACUAAUUGGGUUCAUCCCAUAGUUUCCCCUCAGCAUCUCUCUGUAAACACGUUGUGGUUCAAUAGCUUAGAAUAACAAAAAUAGAAGUGAUGGUGGUUAAAUCUGCUAGUUUGCACAGCAGGUUGUAGAUGUGUCUAUAAGGGAUCAAUGAUAAACUUUCUGUGCAGGGGAAGUCAGUCUAAUAGCUCAGCUCUGCUCACAAUCCAUCAUUUUCUUUUGCUGCUGGUUGCCCUUUUGAUAGAAGGACUGACUGUAAGGCCAGAGAAGCUAUAUUGAGAUAUCUUUUAAAUGCUAUGCAAGGAGAAGUUUGUACAGAUUGCAGUCGGUAGACAUUAACCAAAAAGAAAAAAAAGAACACUUAAGUGCCAGAGAACAGUCUAAAGCAGAUGGAGGUUCUUUACUUUUAAACACUAAUAACGUAUAUAAACAAAGAUGAACAAAAAAUAAAGGUUUGUUCAGGUCAGAUUCUUCAUUCUCAGUGAUGCAGCGCCUCCUGCUGGUCCUUGCCUUACACUAAAAUCAUUUGUCACUCAUCGGUACCUUUUUUGUUUUAUUUUUUCCUGUAGGGGGGAAGAUGAUAACGACAAAGUAAAUAAGAAAUUAGUUUAUUUGAAAAUGCAAUAAAUAUUGUAUAUUUACAUUAUGGAAUAAGGUUAUCAUAGUUAAUGAUCUAUUUUUAUGUUGUAAAAAGCUUGUAAUAUAGGAAAGAGAAAUGAUUAUAACGAUGUUCCAGGCUGUGAGCUCUAGUCUGAUCGAGCAGACUCUCUGUAGCACUUCUCUGGAUGAUUGGCCAUAAGGGGUGAAUGAGCUGAAUGGAUGUGAGUGCGGGUUUUUGCCAACAAUACAACAUUUGGGGAUCCAUGUUUGUAAUUUGAUCAGUUUUGCAGGUUUGCUUCACAGAAACAACCAAUGGGACUAAACUUUCUGUCUAGGGUGUUUGCUUACCUCGACACACAGGUGACCCAACAAGUUUUAAGUCCCCUCCUAUUCACGCCUCUUCCACUCAUAAGAGCGAAAACUCUGUGGCCAUUUCAUGUUAAUCAAUCAUGUUUUUAUCUUUUGAAACGAUUUCAAAUAAAUAUGGGGAAAAGGGUACCUGUU